ACCUUCUUGUAUUUUAGCUCAAAUAUAGUCUGUUUUAAUGAUGACAUUGUGUUGUUAUUGUGGAGAAUUGUCAUAAUUUUGACAUUUGAGGUUCACAUUAAAAUUGGAAAAAUGGCUGGUGCGCUGGCGAGAAUAAUCCACGGGUCCAAAAAUCAAUUAGGAUUUGUCGGACCCCUAGUUGCUGUCAAUAAUGGUUCUGUACGUUUUCAACAAACUAAGACUAGUUUUGGACCAUUGGCUGAUAGCGACAGGAUUUUCACCAAUUUGUAUGGAAGACACGACUGGCGACUGAGAGGAGCUUUGCAGCGGGGCGAUUGGUAUAAGACGAAGGAGAUUAUAUUAAAAGGAACAGACUGGAUUGUCAAUGAACUCAAGACAUCUGGUUUGCGGGGUCGUGGUGGUGCCGGUUUUCCCACUGGAAUGAAAUGGUCAUUUAUGAACAAGCCCUCUGACGGGAGGCCAAAAUACCUGGUUGUUAACGCUGAUGAGGGUGAACCGGGAACUUGUAAAGAUCGUGAGAUCAUGAGACAUGAUCCCCACAAGCUUGUUGAAGGUUGCCUGAUAGCUGGUGCUGCUAUGGGCGCCCAGGCAGCUUAUAUUUAUAUAAGAGGCGAGUUCUAUAAUGAAGCCAGCAACUUGCAAGUGGCUAUUGCUGAAGCUUAUCAAGCUGGUUUGAUUGGUAAGAAUGCAUGUGGCUCCGGCUACAACUUUGAUGUAUUCGUUCACCGCGGCGCCGGAGCUUAUAUCUGUGGGGAGGAGACUGCCCUUAUAGAGUCCAUUGAAGGCAAGCAAGGCAAGCCACGCUUGAAGCCCCCCUUCCCAGCUGAUGUCGGACUCUUUGGAUGCCCUACUACCGUCAACAAUGUUGAGACCAUUGCUGUUUCACCGACAAUCUGUCGCCGCGGUGGGUCAUGGUUCGCGUCAUUCGGCCGAGCUAGGAACAGCGGCACCAAGUUGUUCAACAUUUCCGGUCACGUGAACACGCCGUGUACAGUUGAGGAGGAAAUGAGCAUCCCUCUCAAAGAACUCAUCGAGAGACACGCCGGCGGCGUCUGCGGGGGCUGGGAUAACUUAUUGGCUAUCAUACCAGGAGGAUCAUCAACACCACUCAUACCCAAAGAUGUAUGCGAAACAGCAAUAAUGGACUUUGACGGCCUGGUCGCUGUGCAGACUUCCUUAGGAACUGCUGCCAUUAUAGUCAUGGACAAGUCCACUGACAUAGUGAAAGCCAUCGCUAGACUCAUCAUGUUCUACAAGCACGAAUCGUGCGGGCAAUGCACACCCUGUAGAGAAGGCGUCUCUUGGAUGAACAAGAUUAUAUACAGAUUUGUCGAUGGCAAUGCGUCGCCGAAGGAAAUCGACAUGCUGUGGGAAAUAUCUAAACAAAUUGAAGGACACACAAUCUGCGCUUUGGGUGAUGGCGCCGCGUGGCCGGUUCAAGGUCUUAUACGUCACUUCCGGCCUGAACUCGAGCGACGUAUGGCGGUAUAUGCCGCCGCUCACGGACCAAGUCUUGCUGAGAGAUUGUACUAAACAUCUUUAAUAAAUCAAUGUUAACGACAUCUAUGUAUGAACUACGAAACUAGGUCUAGUACACCGAAAAUGUUAGACAGCUGAAAAAUCACAUGUUUAUUAUUUUUAUCACUUUUCGGUGAACCUAGAUAUUAGAUUGGAUCUUAGAGUGUUAUAUAGUUAUGUGGGCGUCGGUCAAAGAAAAUAAACAAACAAAUUGUACAAACGUCGCCCGGUGUGCAGUGUAAUGCUAGAAUAAUAAAGUAGAUGACACUUUACAAAUAUUCCUUCUAUUACAUCCCGCUGUGAGCCCUCUACAGAUGCACCACGUCAAGAGAUCAGUGUCUGUGUUACAUUGCGCCUUACUAACAAUUAGACUUCCUGAACAUAUACCUACCGACGUCCAUACAAAAUUAUGUAUUUAUAAUGCAUUGGUUCCUUCAUCAGCUCUGUGACGAUUAUUGUAUUUUAAUAUAUAAACUAUUUAAUUUUCUUUACUCGCCUCGAGGUGACAUUAACUCUGUUCACUUCAACCGCCCACAGAUGGCGCUUCCAUAAAAUUCUAUAAUUAAUAUUACCGCCAUCUGUUACGUUCCGAUCGAUCAUAAUAAACGUGAUUUUAUAAAGACCUUCA